AUGGCGAGCUCGUGGGUGCCGGAUAUCGACCCGUGCAGCGACUUUUCGCUGGCCAACAUUCCGUUCGGCAUCAUCUCCACGGCAGAUGACCGCUCACCACACGCGGGCGUGGCCAUCGGGUCAUACGUCCUGGAUCUCAAAGUCCUCGCCGCCAAUACCGACCUGACCGCAGUCUUCCCGGGCAUCAAUGGUCUAACAGAAACCUUCUCCCAGCCGACCCUCAACGCCUUCGCCCGGCUAGGCCGGGCUGUCCACCGCCAGGUGCGGGCCGGAAUCCAGGACCUCCUCUCCGCAGACACUACCCAGCCCUCUAUCCUCCGGGACAACCCUGAUCUCCGCCAAAAGGCUCUCCUGCCCCAGCGAGCCGUCAAGAUGCACAUGCCAAUGGAGAUCGGCGACUACACAGACUUUUACGCUGGCUAUCACCACGCCUAUGCCGUGGGCGUCAUGUUCCGCGGUCCGCAGAACGCCCUUCAGCCCAACUACCUGCACAUGCCCGUCGGCUACCACGGGCGCGCCUCCAGCGUCGUGGUCUCCGGGACCCCCAUCCACCGGCCCGUGGGACAGAUCUUGCUGGACCCGUCCCAGGCCGGCCCGAAGCAGCCUGUCACCGCGCCGAGCCGGAAACUGGAUAUUGAGCUUGAACUGGGCUGCUUCAUUGCGAGGGGAAACGAGAUCGGGCGCGGGAUCUCGGUGGGUGAGGCGGAGGAGUAUAUUUUCGGCUAUGUGCUGUUGAACGAUUGGAGUGCGAGAGAUAUUCAGAUGUGGGAGUACGUGCCGCUUGGCCCGUUUAACGGCAAGAACUUUGCUACCACCAUCAGCCCGUGGGUGGUGCUUGCCGAUGCGCUAGAGCCGUUCCGGGCGAGGGCGAUUGAGAAUAAGACGGAGCUACAGGCGUAUUUGGAGGAGAAGAGGGAGGACAACGUGUUUGAUAUCAAGUUGGAGGUGGAUUUGACGACCGCCGAGGGCGACACAACCACCAUUGGCCGCACCAGCUCCAAGCAUCUCAUCUGGUCGUUCCCGCAGAUGAUUGCGCACCACACGCUUGGCGGUUGUCCGAUGCGCACCGGCGACCUGCUCGGAUCGGGGACCAUCAGCGGUCCCGGCGGCGCUGGGGAGCGCGGCAGCCUGCUAGAGAUGACUGAGAACGGAAAGAGGGAGGUGCUGCUGUACGGGAUGGACAUGCGGACCUUCCUCAAAGACGGCGACACUGUCACACUGCGUGGCUUCUGCGGGCCUGAGGGCGGCAGGGUGGGGUUUGGCGAGUGUCGCGGGCGAAUUUACAGCUCCUUGCAGAGCUGA